UUUUUUCCUUCAUUGACAAUGCAUUUUUUUUUUCACAUUUUUAUUUUAUUUUGGUUGAAAAAAAGAUAAAAAAUAAAAACUCUCUACGGGGUGGGUGGAAAGAUAUGAUUGGAUGUGAAGUCUUCAACUGUCGCAUUCUAGGUUAUCUCAAAUAAUGCAAAGUUCACAAUACUUGUGUAAUAGGCAAGUAAUGCCAAAUUCUUUCUCAAUUGUUGUGCUUAUAACCGGGUCUGGGCCAUUCAUUAUAUAUCUAUCACUUUGCAAGCCAUUCUCCCCUGGUUUUCUACCUAAAUUGCAAUUGCUUCCCUUUGGCUUUUUUAUUUCCUUCUUCAAGCAACAAGAGACCAUGGCUGUCUUCCUGGGACAAGCACUUGCCACUUCAAUUAUUCAGGUGGCACUUGAUAGACUGGCUUCUCAUGAGGUCAUAGACUACUUCAAGGGAAGGAAACUCAAUAAGAAAUUGCUACAAAACUUGGAGUUUGUGCUGUUAUCUGCUAACUCAGUGCUCAUUGAUGCAGAGGAGAAGCAAUUUACAAACUCAGCUGUGAAAAAAUGGCUGGACGAGCUUAAAGAUGCUAUUUAUGUUGCAGAUGACCUUCUGGAUGAGAUUGCCACUGAAGCCUUACGAUCCAAGUCAGAAGCUAAACUCCAAACCCGCACUAAAAAGAGUUGCCAACCAACAUGGGAAGACUCGUAAACUUACGUCACCUAGAUAUAAGAGGGACCCCUUUGAAAGGGAUGCCAAUGCACAUGGGUAAAUUAAGAAGCCUCCAAAAUUUAAGUGCUUUUUGUGUGGGAAAAGAAAAACAAAGUGGGAGUAGCAUUAAAGAGUUAGGAGAGAUUCCACAUCUUUCUGGAUCAUUGUGUAUAUCAAACUUGGAAAACGUUUAUCAAACAAGAGAUGCAAAGGAGGUUAAUUUGAAGGAUAAGAAGGGCUUGUCAGAGUUGAAGUUGAAAUGGGGAAGCGGUCAUGAGAACUAUGAUUCAGGACAAGAAAGAGAAGUGGUUGAACAGUUGUGUCCUCAUACGAACUUGAAAUCUCUCUCCAUCAUAUCUUAUUAUGGUGCAGAAUAUCCAAGUUGGUUAGGAGCAUGUUCAUUCUCUAAUAUGGUGUCCCUAAAGCUUGACGAUUGUAGAUACUGUUCCUCCUUGCCUCCACUUGGGCAGCUACUUGCCCUUAAGGAACUCUCAAUUGAAGGUUUGGGCAGAGUAUCAUGUGUGGAUAGUGAGUUCUACGGGGAUGGCUCUUGGGCAACUAAUAAGCCAUUCAAAUCCCUAGAAAAAUUAACAUUUAAAUGGAUGCCAGAGUGGAAGGAAUGGUUUAUAUUUGAAGGCGGAGUUUUCCCAACCCUCCGAGAGCUUCGCAUUAUCGGAUGUCCCAAGCUUACGGGAAAUCUGCCCAGUUUACUUCCUUCUUUAAGUGUAAUUGAAAUUAGAUAUUGUCCCCAGCUUGUUGCUUCACUUCCUAGUCCUUCGGCUCUUCAUGAAUUGGCCUUGAUGAAUUGUGAUAAGGUGGCGUUGAAUGAAUUAUCACCUAAGCUGCAAAGUCUCGCAGUUGGAGGUUGCCAUGCGUCUCUCCCCGAAGGUGGUCUACCCACUACUUUAAAAACACUUCAAAUCAAUGGAGUGCUUCAGUUGCCAGGGAGCCGUCACUAUCCAUCAGUUGAGAGCUUGAACGUAGAGAGAGGUCCUGGUUCACUUUGGUCUUUACCAUUAGAGUUUUUCCCAAAACUCAAAUCUGUCGAAAUUAGGUAUUCUGAUAAUCUUGAAUCUCUUUCGGCAUCAGAUAAAUCUCUAUUGGAUCUAACUUCUCUCACUAAAUUGACCAUCCAUUCCUGCCCUAAUUUUGUAUCCUUUCCCAUCGGGGGACUGUGCGCCCCAAAUUUGACACAGAUUUCUAUUGCUGGCUGUAAAAAGUUGAAGUCACUUGCUGAAGGUAUGCACACCCUCCUCCCAUCUCUUCUAUACUUGAAUUUGUGGGACUGUCCAGAACUGGAAUCAUUUCCUGAAGGGGGUUUGCCCUCCAAUUUACAAAUGCUUGAAAUCGUGUCGUGCGAGAAACUCUUUCUCAGACGCAUGGAGUGGGGUUUACAGAGUCUUCACUCUCUCAGAGAAAUUAUAAUUCGGUAUUACGGCAGAGAAGUGGGUUCCUUUCCGGAGGAGGCAUUGUUGCCCUCUUCUCUUAUCCGCCUCGACAUUUCUUUUCCACAUCUGACAUCACUCAAUGGCAAGGGAUUUCAACACCUUACCUUGCUUAAACAGUUGGAGAUUUUGAACUGCGAUAACCUCCAGCGCUUACCAGAAGAGGGCUUUCCCGCCUCCCUUUCUAUUCUAGAUAUUUAUAAGUGCCCUUUGCUAAAAAAGCGGUAUCGGAGAAAGAAUGGAAAAGAAUGGCGCAAAAUUUCUCAUAUCCCCAUCAUAAGGAUUGACCGUGAAGUAAUCACAUAAGGUUUUCAGACACAAAAUGUGUGAAUGUUGAGGCCUCAGACAAUAGAAUACAAAACCAAAAUGAUGCCUCAUAGGUCCAAUUUCAGCUUUUCGAUUUGACUGAAAACAUAGCUUUUAUGAAUUUAUAGAUAUCAAUUGUGACCCACGCCCCUGUUUUAUAGUCAGGACUGGAUGAGGAAUGGUGUGACAAUCACUUUCUGCCUUGAACUCAAGUACAUGUUAUCUAGAGAGAUGGGCUGCGACACUGAGGAUUGAUGUGUAGUCUCCUUUGUUGAAGGAACAGUGCUGCAAUGAGAAGAGGGGAAAAGAAUGGAGCAAGAUUGCUCACUUCACCAUCAUAUUAAUCGAUGAUGAUCAUAUGAAACUGAAAGUGCAGACAAAGUCCUCAUCACUUGUUUUCUUCAUUCACAUGCAGCAACAUAAUAUUACAGUUUGGGUGCCUGCAGCCAGCCUACCCAACCUCCCUCUGCACGGACCACACCCAAUACUUCCUCUGCAGGUUGGCCUUGAGGGCUUGUGUUUACUUUUUUUCCAGACAAGACUUCCAAGAGCAAUGGCAAGAAUGACCACAGGUGGUCCUCAUUUUUAGCACUGAAAUUUGAUUAAAAGAACAUGUCCUCCAAGCUAAUCAAGACUUGUUGUUUGCUUGGUGAGAGAAGUAAGGUUAGGAAAUUCAGGAGAAAAGGUAUUGUUAAUGGAGUACUAACAGUGGCAGCACUCCAAACUAACCAGGAUGGGAGUCAUUAUGAACCACAGGGUUGUGCAUUUAUAAUAUCUUUGGUAGAUCUUGAUAAAAAUUCUCUCAACAACUUUGGGGCUUUUGACCAUGAUCUUCAUAAAUAGAGAAUGAAUCUCCAAUUUUGGACAUGCACGACUAUCCAAUCAAACCAAGAACAUCGAUUCUCUCUCAUUCAUGAAAUCUGCCCAGUUUACUUCCUUCUUUAAGUGUUAUUGAAAUUAGAUAUUGUCCCCAGCUUGUUGCUUCACUUCCUAGUCCUUCGGCUCUUCAUGAAUUGGCCUUGAUGAAUUGUCCAGAACUGGAAUCAUUUCCUGAAGGGGGUUUGCCCUCCAUUUUACAAAUGCUUGAAAUCGUGUCGUGCGAGAAACUCUUUCUCAGAGUCUUCACUCUCUCAGAGAAAUUAUAAUUCGGUAUUACGGCAGAGAAGUGGGUUCCCUUCCGGAGGAGGCGUUGUUGCCCCCUUCUCUUAUCCGCCUCGACAUUUCAUUUCCACAUCUGACAUCACUCAAUGGCAUGGGAUUUCAACACCAAUUGGCACGCUCAUGUCAUUACCAGCAAUUAUUAAUAUUCUUUUUAAAGCUAGAGAUGCUCUGUGGUUGUUAGGUUUUCAGACACAAAAUGUGUGAAUGUUGAGGCCUCAGACAAUAGUAUACAAAACCAAGUAAGCCUCCUGCAAUCAAAACUUCCAGAUUGCUAAAUUACAUCCGAUGAGCUGCAAUGACAUCUGUCCUGUUAGCAUGUUCUGUUUACUUCAUAUUUGGACUGUAUAUACAGUGGUGUAAUGUUGUGAAAUGCAGAAUGAUGCCUCAUAGUCCAAUUUCAGCUUUUCGAUUUGACUGAAAACAUAGCUUUUAUGAAUUUAUAGAUAUCAAUUGUGACCCACGCCCCUGUUUUAUAGUCAGGACUGGCUGAGGAAUGGUGCGACAAUCACUUUCUGCCUUGAGCUCAAGUACUUGUUAUCUAGAGAGAUGGGCUGCGACACUGAGGAUUGAUGAGUAGUCUCCUUUGUUGAAGGAACAGUGCUGCGAUGAGAAGAGGGGAAAAGAAUGGAGCAAGAUUGCUCACUUCACCAUCAUAUUAAUCGAUGAUGAUCAUAUGAAACUGAAAGUGUAGACAAAGUCCUCAUCACCUGUUUUCUUCAUUCACAUGCAGCAACAUAAUAUUACAGUUUGAAAUAGCAAUUUAUUGACCAGUCCUAGGAAGAGGCAUUAAUGUGGUCCAUUGCAGAAUAAGCUUGUUCAUUAUUUAGACAAUUAUUUAACUUGGCACCCUGGGAAUUUCAAAUGAUUAAUACUGACUACCAGCAAUUGCUGUUUGACUUUUAUAAUGUUCAUGGGAUUAGCAUGAGGUGGUAGGGAUGGCUAUAUUUCUAGGAGCGAAUUGCAGGCAAAUCUUAAGUUCAUGGAUACAUGUUAUGCCUUGGAAUGAAAGACAAUUCCAAAUCUGCUUUGAUUUUUGGUGCCUGCAGCCAGCCUACCCAACCUCCCUCUGCACGGACCACACCCAAUACUUCCUCUGCAGGUUGGCCUUGAGGGCUUGUGUUUACUUUUUUUCCAGACAAGACUUCCAAGAGCAAUGGCAAGAAUGACCACAGGUGGUCCUCAUUUUUAGCACUGAAAUUUGAUUAAAAGAACAUGUCCUCCAAGCUAAUCAAGACUUGUUGUUUGCUUGGUGAGAGAAGUAAGGUUAGGAAAUUCAGGAGAAAAGGUAUUGUUAAUGGAGUACUAACAGUGGCAGCACUCCAAACUAACCAGAACUGUGGCCAAACUCUGAUCCAAGUUUCCUCAACAAUUUUGUAGCUUUUGACAAUGAUCUUAUUGACUCAUUAUUCCAGUGCCACCUAAGGCUCCGCCAAGUCCAUUACUGACAUGGUAUGAUCCGAAUGCUCGACGCAAAUACCAUAUUCAAGGAAGGGGACAUUGGACUUAUGGUUGCUAUUACCUUAAAUAUAAGAUUCUGGACCUCAUCGACCAAGACCUCUCGAGUCCGUAUGCUAGUCUCAUCAGUCGUCUGGAAAGAGGGGAUGCAUAUAGUUGCUGCAAGACCACUGACACAGUACCAAAGACUAUGACAUGGUCGAUAUUGAGAGCUAUGGCUAGUUAACCCUAUCUCCAAUACCUUCUACCAUUCACAAAACUGUAGGCUUGCUACAUCAAAUGAAUGUUAUAGUCAGACCCACUACAUGCAAGGAGUAUAAUGCUGUUACGCAACCAAGUUGUUUAUCAAAUACAGAAUUUCAUCUUACAGCCAGAUGCAACAAACUCAUUGUGAUGGGCUCGCAAAGGCUUUAUUUGACAUUUUGAAAUUGGUGGCGGACGUGAAGAUGAGAAGUUAUCUCUUGGGAACAUAGUGCUAUUUUUUGGUUUUUCGCUUCAACUCUAGAUGGCCCAAACGACUCAGCACUCUUGAUGUCAUUGCUGUCCUCACUAGCAGAAGCUUCCCAAUUCCCUUUUGUACCUCAAGAACUUUAUAUUGUCCUAUGCCGAUGCCAUGGUGCCUGAAAUAGAGAAAGAUGGAAAAUCUGGCUACUACCACAAAAAUGCUCAAGUCCUGUUCCUUGAAGGAUCAAAGUCAAUCUUGAGGCUCUCCCAUAUCAGUACUAGACUAAUAGGUUUUCCCCCAACAAGAAGGUGCUUUGUGGUUGUCAGCUUUGUUCAAUUAAUUAUGUUUCUUUGUAUAAGAUUUUGACUUCCAACCAAUGAUUAUUUUUAAAAUAUUUGCAAACUCUUUCACAGGUUUCAGACAUAAAAUGUGGAACAUAUUUGCAGCUUCUAACAACAAUAUAAUAGGCAAUUGCUCCACAUGAUUCAAUUUACUCACCUAAUCCAAAAAUAUCCCUUGAUGCUAUCAUGUAUUCAACUUAUUUCUAGUACUAAUUAAGUUCCAUAUGUUAUGGUAUCUAUAUUGUGCUCA